GUACUACUGGUACGCAUCUGAUGCGCAUGUGCGAGAACCCGGCCCGUAUCACAACAUUGAAUGCAGUUUGCUUUAGUUCGUAGGCGAGCCAGACGAGCUCCGUUACGUUGGACGCAACGAAGCGGUUGUAGUCACUUCGUUCACGGAACUCGCAUUUUUACAUCGAAGGCCGCCGUCGUCACCGUCGCCGUUGCCGUCAUCGUCGCCGUAGUAGUGGUAGUCGUAGUGGUCGACGCGCGUGAUUCGCACAGAGACGCUUGUGAUCAUGAAGAAUGUGAGAGUGCGUGAAAUCGGCUAGCGUGCGUCGAAACGAGCGUACAAGAGGAGCACGAUGACAAAAAUGGCGAUCGAGAGCGCCAGUUGCACCUCUUCCUCCUGAAUGUCGAUGUGACGUUGAUAGACGCGGAAACGACGAGCGACGUCAAUGAAGCAUCCGCGAGCGGGAUCAUCACGAAGCCGUCUACCGCACCGCACCCGCACUUAAGACGUCCCUCCACCGAGGAAAAAUCCCCGGUGGAAAUCACACGCGUAUAAAUCUCCGUCGUAAUCUAUUCGAGUGCUCGCAUCGCUCAAAAAGCAAUUUCGAUCGCACCAAGAUCCGACGAGUUCUUGGAGGACUUCGGAAAGCCGAGAUUAUCUCCCCGUGAUCUACAUUUUUCUUAAUUGAACGUCGUUCAUGUUUUCCUCGCGCGCGGAACAGUGAGACUGAUCAGUGUGUAAAACCGCGAAAUACACAAUCGAAGCGAAGCGAACGUUCGCUUUCCGGGAAGUUGCGAAUUAGCCGUAUGCAUUGAUCAGCCGGGAUCGUCCGCGAUCGGAGUCAAGGUCGUGUAGAAGAAUUGGGUGCCCGUAGACACGCUACGUAGACCCGCUUGGUUCUCGUUUGUGCCGCAGGUGUUCGACGAUUCGCACGUUACACACAACAGAAUUCAAAGUGCGGUGUCCUGGUGAGAUGGCCUUCAUGAUGAAGAAGAAGAAGUACAAAUUCUCGGUGGAGGUUCACCUCGAGGAACUCACGGCGGUGCCGUUCGUCAGCGCUGUGCUUUUCGCUAAACUGAGGCUUCUCGACGGUGGCUCCUUUGUUGAUCAUUCCACUAGAGAGGAAGUGCAGGAACACACAGUGAGGUGGAACGCAAAGUUCGAGUUUUUAUGCAAGAUGAGCGCCAAUGCAUCCACGGGCGUGCUCGAUCCAUGCAUUUUAAGGAUAUCUGUGAGAAAGGAAUUGAAAGGAGGCAGGUCCUUCCAGAAAUUGGGCUUCACUGAUCUGAAUCUAGCCGAAUUCGCAGGAGCUGGCCUCUGUCGAAGAAGAUGCCUCCUGGAAGGCUACGACGCGCGACAUCGUCAGGAUAACUCCAUGCUGCGUGUAGCCAUAAAAAUGAACAUGCUCUCCGGAGAUAUUCUGUUUAAAGUCCCUUCGCCAUCAUUGAAGCAAACGCAGUUGGCAGUGCCCGGAGUUCAAGGUGUACCUGGUGUUACUGGCGAUGAAGUGACGGCUUCCGAGAGAUGCACUAAUCGGGAGGAUUAUGUGUCCACGGGUUCGUUGGCGGGAAGUAUAGCUAGCGCCAGCAGUGGCUUCGGCAGUCUUCCUAAAAAGAGGCCCGCACUUUUUACCUCCGAACUUCUCAGCGGAACGGAAACGUACGACCCGAUGACCCUCAGUGAAAUUGUACCCUCAACAGUUCCGGUGGAAGCUCUAGUAGAAGCGCACACGGAGUCGGGUCACUCGCGCAAUAGUAGCAACACCAGUCAACUUAGUAAAGGGUCUGGCUACGGUUCCUUGAAUUCACACAGUCAGCACAGCAGGCAGAGUAGUAGUGGUGACAGUGGUCACAUUAGCCUCAAGCGAUCUCUUCAUUCCCAGUCUCUCGAUCGUAACUGCGAGACUCUGGACUCUCUGUCUUUUUUUUAUCUUAUGUCACCCUCUUGGCCGGUAUGGGCACCGCGAAUUCCCAACACCUCCCAGAAUCUGUCCGCACAACCGAUCGUCUGUCGACUCGACACCAAUGUCGAACCUUCGCACCCGUCUUCCUUGUCGCACAUGGCUUCCAGAACGCGGUUCUGGUCGACCUCGAGCCCUCUCUCCUCGCGUAGCGCUCCGGUAGACGCGAAAGACGCGACGGCGACCGGCGCCAUCGCGUCUGCCGCGAAGAACGUUUAUCCAGUCGGAAAACAGCAGCCGCUUCGCGCGAUUGGGAACGGUUUUUUGAACGACAACAAUUUGCGACUGAACGAUCGCCGCGACGACGAGAAGACGGACGCUUUGAUGGCGCCCGGUGUCUUCAGAGUGCCCGACGUGCCGCGACACGCGCGCAAGAAUUACGACGGGAACAGCUUCGAGGCGCGUAACGAGCGUAACGCGACGAUGAGCUCGAUCGGCAACGAGAGUAACGGACAGCAGGGCGGUAUCUUCCCGAUCGCGAAACCGAGAAUCAGCGCCGCGGGCUGGCGCAGCAUGUCGAAGACCUGCGAUUGCAUCGAGAAGGGCAAAACGAGUCCGGUGUUGCGAUUAGUCGAUCAGGCCAGAGCCGUGUCCUCUCCCGAUCCUCUCCACAGGCCCGACAAUCAAAGAGCCCCGCUACGUCCCACAACGACAGCUCAGGUCCGCAGAAAUCCUUCCGGCGGUUCGGGUCUCAGUGAAACUGGAUCUCUGGACCGUGCUAAAGCCGCGUUGGAGCGCAGGAAAAAAGCAGAAGACGGUACCGGUAAUUCUAUCCUCUGCAGAGUUGAAGUCACCAGGCCGAAUCCUGAUUCUCUUAUCGACGAGCUACUUAAGGCAACGAAUUUGGAGCAGACGGAUCUUGAAAGUUCCGAGACAACUGGUCUUCAACUCUUUAUCGCGAAAGACGGUACGACCGCGCUUGGCAGUCACGAGGUAAAGAGCCAAAUGCCCGCCGGAGUAUUCAAGCAGGUGGUGAUGGAGGAGAAUAACAGGUAACACGAAGCCAUCACUACGAGACGGCAGUACUCAAGACAGACUAGCGCCGCAUUCUCGUUGGCCCUGGUGCCAGAGCUCGUCUACGAGGCAUACGNNCCGCGGUAGUCACAAGGUAGAACGACGACGUUGGACGAGGGAAAUUGUCGACUCGGAGAGGAGCAGCCAAACGCGACGCGAGCUCGCGCUCGCAUUCGCAUUAGAUUGUUUUAGAUUAUGGCUCAUUUCCAUGCAAAACACGCGCCUCGACAGUCAAAACUGAUAUCCAUCGAAACAGAAAUGCUCGAGUUGAUUAUUUCACGCGAAAUCCAUUGUACGGAUUCGCAAAAGAGGCUAAAUUGUCUCAUAAGUGCACAUUCCGCGUAACAUGAUUACUUGAACAGUCUGUGUGCGGCUUACGAGAUUGUUAUGUACAGUGUUUUAAUGCUCAGCCGGCUCAAAGCGAUAUCUAUAGAGUUUCGGGUUCCGCGUUUUCCAGAAUCCCGCGCAACAAACGCAAUCUGCACACAACGCUGCCGUAUGAUUACGAUCUACGACGUAUGAUUUAUAAUGUAUAAAUCGCGCGCGCGUAGAGAAAUUAAAGGCAAUACCGUCGUCCAGAUAAUCGUCGUUCAUCAAGAGUGACGUCGAGCAAACAGAGGUGCAUGUUUUUGAAGUAAUUCAGAGACAAGUAUACAUAUUUUCUUCCUUGUAAACGAAGCACAAUGAUCCUCGUCAAGCAUGCUUCGCUUGAGAGGAGCGUUAGUCAAUCAAGUUUAACCGUGAAAGAGUACAGAACGAAGGCAGAAAUAAUGGAAAACGAAACACGGUCAAGGUCCGACGAAACUUCACGAUGGGGAAUAACACAGUGAAACUUUUAGCGCCAACUUUAUUUAUCUACUUAUAACGAUACUAUGAUCAUACCAUGUGUAACGUGCGUACUGUAAAGCGAACCAAGAUAAGCAUUAAAGGGAAUAUCAGAUUGAAGUAUUAUGAUUUCGUUUUUUUACAUUAUAAAAGUACUUCUCACGACAUUUCUGAUAAUAUCAGCUGAGCAUAGAAUGUUGGCGAAUCACGUUCUGUCGAUAUUUUGCUUUCGAAUUGUACUUUUACGAUUUUUGCGUAUUAACAAUGUAUCUCUGCUUUAUAAUAUGGCAUAUACUUUUUUACCGUUCAUGAUUAUUUUCUGUUAUUCUCUAUCACUGUUUGCGAGAUCUUUGUAUGUAAUUAAUUUAAGGAUGUGUUUAAAAUAAAACGCUGGAAUAUGAAUCAAACGAGCUGGAAUAAAUGAAUCGGGCAGUUAAAGAAUAAUAUAGGUCUAUAAUUUUUUCAAUAUUGAACUAUAUUCAUGGAAUUACAAAAAUGUAAAAAUAUAAUAUACAAUAUGCAAAUAUAUAUAUAUUUCCUUUUCUAAAUAUAAUUCUAUUUGAAAAACAAUAUUUUUGCUUUAAAAAUAAUAGUUUUGAUACUUUCUGAACAACUUUAAUUAUUAGACUUUAGUAUUUCUAAACUAGCCGAUUCGCUCUAUUUUUUUUUUAUGAAAAUAAACGUUAAGACAUUUUUAGUGUAAUAUAUAUAUUUUAUGACUGAAUAAUUUAUGUACUGAAUUAUUUUAUUCUCGAGCUCUCGACAAAGAGUGAUCUUUUCGUUUCGUCGAACCUUUUCCAAGACCCGGUGAACUUUUGAAUUCGCGUGACUGGUUAAUCGAUAGUAAUCUGUAUAUAUGGCUGUAGUAACUGUUGCGUAGCUAAAAUCGCUGGUGUUGUAUACAUACAUUUUCCCCGUACAGGAAUAAUCUGUAAUUGCUAGUGUACAUUGUGCUGAUGUAUUAAAAGUAUGCGAACGCGCGCGGGUUGUGUGUGUGUGCGUGUGUGUGUGUAUGUAUGUGUGUGUGAUGCGAGCGCGUGUACAUUCCUUUUCGAGGAUUCUUCAGAUGCCUGGGGAACAAAAAAAAGAGGAUCAAUGUGUGCGCUUAGGUGUGCCUGUAUUGUCGCAGAGUAAUGAGUACUUCCAGCGCCCACGGGGUCCGCUUCGAAAAUUAGUCUGAGCGUUUCGGCCCUCGCGGCUUGUAGGAAAAAAAGUGUGAAGUCGUGUGCACAAACGCUUCUUCUCUGAAGCAACUUGCGGAGUCGGUUUCUCGUAUCGAACCUGGGUGGCGUCUGAGGUAGCGAGCAGCCCUCUCUCGAUAAUUUUCUAAGUAUUUCCCGCCGCUUUCAAUAAAUAAAUGGAUCUGAUACGUUUCUUCUCGCUGUUGCGUUCUCCUUUUUUUUAGAUGCGUACAUUUUUUCAUCGUACAUUUAUCCAAGGCGGUAAAAUCAUGUAUCCAAUCGCAAAUCACAUCUUCGAUGAGAAGCAGCUGUCACGCUGUAUGUUUUUCUGAUAAAUAGAUCGUUAAAUAGAUUGAC